GAUAAAUCAAGGGAAGAGAAAAGACCAGAUGGAAAAAUUAGAUUCGUCGGAGGAAGUCAGAAGAUUGGUGGUGAUGAGUCACCAUGCGCUGACGAUAUCAGCCGACUUUGUCCACAAAUUCCUAAGGGAAACAACUUUGGUCUUCUGGUUUGUCUACAGGAGAAAGCAAUGGUAUGGUUUUCUUACUCACCCUAGGCUGUAAUAGAGGGGAGGGGUGGGUGAAGGAGGCUUGUAAGCGCAAUGAAAGAAAAACCUAAAAAAAAUCAUAGAGGAAGCAACAGAAGUGUUGAUCGACUGAAUUAAGUUGUUUAUGAAUAAAAGUGGUAGGCUUCUAAAGAGACUGUGUUGCUGCGCCAGUGCAGGGUAUUACAAGAUAAGUUGGUUUUAGCAAAUGAUUUAACUCUUGAACUCCAGAUCCAAUUUGUAAUUCUCCUUACCUUCAACCAUACAAUUCUUAUAAUGUCAAUUCAGAGAAUUUAGUAUUGGAUCUACUAAUUAUCUCCAAAUUGAUCUUUUUCUUUAUUUUCAUCACUUAUCUGGUUGUUAUUGUAUAGAUAUUGUAAGGAUAAAUUCUGUCUUGGUCACCAUGGUUGUUUAAGAGUUAGUAAUAUAAAUUGGCCACCAUUUAGUGUCUCCAAAGCUGAUGUAUUCAAGCCAUAGCCCUUUGUCAAAGGAUAUGACAUGAUAAACGAUAUCACCUAGUUGAUAAAACCAAAUAAUUUAGUAAGUUUUUUUAAUUUUUCGUUUGUAGGGAACUUUUUAAAAUCAAUAUGAUUGUUGUGAUAAAUUAAUUUAAUUUCCAUACUUGGAACAAAAUCAAAAGUAAAAUCAGGAAUCCAACAAAGUUAAAUCUACGCAAUACUUUAGAUCAUUUAGGAGUAAUUUUGGAUGUUAGUGACAUAUAUCUUUGGUUCACUGUAGGAAGAUGACUUGUCCUCCGAUUGCCAUCAUGUAAGUUGAUUGAUAUGUCUUUCUAAAGGUACUCUGUAAAUUUCUGCUGUCUUGAAUACCAGUUGCUUUUUAAAUUCUAGUGGGUCUCUGCCUUUAAACCUUGGUUGAUGCAAAGUUAUCACAUGCCUUAACUAUUGUUGCUGAUCAUAAGCAGGUUUGAGAUAAAUUGAUUCGACUCAGUUGCAACAAAAUACUUUACAUAUUGUUUGAAUCGUGUUGAAAAAGGAGGUAUACACUGGUGAGAUAUACAGUGGAUGCAAUUGUUCUCAUGGAGAGAACAAAAUGUGAUCUUUACAGAACUUGUUGCCACAUAAGUCUUCCUCUUUUUUGGCAGAGCAGCAAUGUUUGUAAUGUUGUCUUAAGUCUGUCUGUAGUUCUAAAUGAAUCAGCUCUUUAAAACAAUUUUUCAUUUAUUUAUUUUUGAAGAUGCUUUGGGAAUUUAAAAGAAAAUUCUCUAAAGAUGAAAAGUUUGAACAGACAGUGAAAACUAGAUUUUGUGUGGAGGACUUGAAAAAGGUAAAUUCAGUUUGUUACCAUUUUCUAACAGUUUGCAAGUGGACGCUCCUUUAAAACACUAGUAUUGUGUUUCUUUAAACUGUUGUUGAAAUAUUUUGCUAAAUUAUUUUAUAAACAUCAAAUAGAUUCCAUGUUUCCAUGGUUUGCACAGUAACAGAUCACAGAACUUAUCAAAAUGUGUUAAGAUCAUUGGUGACACACUUGGCUGCUCCUCACAUGCUACUUUUUUUUUUGGUACCAUAUCUCGAUGUCAUCUGUGAUCAAUUACUGACAGAUGCAGGGCAACAUGGAAUCUGUCUGUUAAGUAAACAACCCUGAUAAAGAUACUAAGUUUGUGGUUAUUUUUGAUAGUGUUCCAAGUUGUUGAUUUUUUUCCUCAAAUGUCCAUUUUCCAAGGACACAUUCAUCACUAUGGUUGUUUUAAAAGAAAAGUUACAAAUGAAAAUAAAUUCAAAGAAGGUUGGAAAGAAUAAGUUUUCUAUAAGGGCUUUCCAAAGGUUUCUGAAGGUUUUCAAAAUAAAUAGGAAACAAGUCAAGCAAAAUUUGCUUUUCAGCUUGAAAUUCUCAUUAGCACAUAUCAAACUAAUGAAACCAUGAUAAUUGGUGAUCUGCCACAUGAUCUGUGGACAAAUGUGUAGAGAGCUUUUACCCUUUACCAGAGUUAUUUUUACUGAUGCUUGUAUGUUAUAUUACUUCAUGUGCUACAACUCUAAUUUGUUCGUAUUAAAUGUUCCAGUUCCAAGACUGUCAGAAACCAGGAGAGAUUGUUGCGUGUUUGUUGGAAAACAGGCAGAAUCUUACAGUUCCAUCCUGCAAACAUAUGAUGACUAAAAUGCAGGCCAUUUUCUUCAGUGAUUUCCGAUUGAUCUCCCACUUUUUGGAGGAUUGUUCAUCAGAUGUGAGCAAAUACAAGUGUGGCAGAAUUCCAUCAGAGCAAGAGGAUGAGGUUUGUAAUUUAUCCGUUAAUCAUUUGACAAGGAGAUUGGCUGAGAAUGGAAUUCUUUCUGAGGAACACAUGGCAAUGAUGGCACUCACUAGUGGCACAUCAGUUACAAGAAGGCCCAACUCAACCUGCGUUAAUAAUUUUUUACAGAAAAGUUUUGAAAAAAAGAAAGAUUUAUUUUGAAAAAAUGAUAAAAAAAACUUUAUCACUCAAAAUUUUUAAGGAAUUAUCUUUAUAUUUGUCUCAGGAUAUCCACUCCCAAAAUGAUGUGUUAGAAUGUCUUGAAGAACACCAAGAUGACUUAUCGCAAGCAUGUCAGAAGCAGAUCUAUCGUCUUGCUGAACUGUCUUCAGAUGACUACCAUCUUGAUCGACCCUUAUAUUAUGCCUGUAAAGAUGACAGGGAGAGGUUUUGUGUUGAUGUCCCAUCAGGGGAGGGGAGAGUGUACAAAUGCUUGAAGAAACACAAGUUAGAGGAACAAAUGAGUGAUGAGGUACGUGGUGUUCUGAACAAUGAGAUAACCUCAUUACCAACUGGUGUGUUUGCUAGUAGUUCUACCUAAGGUUUGUUGUUACAAGGCAAAGUGAUAUUAACAAGAGCACAUAGUGCUGAUAGUAGGUAUUUUUUGUGUAAGCCAGGCACAGUCACAGUCACAUUGCUGCCAUCAGUUAAUGCCCCAGUUGCAAAUGGAGGCUAGCUGCCCUGGGGGCUGAGGGUCUGCUACACCAAGGAACUAGAAUACCUGACUUUGGAUCUGAGUAAUUUAGAGAAGGAUUGUUGUUGCUUAAAUUGAUUGAUGUUUUUACAAUCUGAAAGAAACUGAUCAUCAUAGUUAAUUUACCAGAUUCUUGGUGGGAUGUGAAAGUGGCAAUCACUGAUACAGAAAUGAAAACCAGUCCUUUUCAGGACUACUUGCAUUGCGGUGUAGGGUCCUAAGAAAUUUUUCUCAAUCUUUCAUGAUACUGCACUUCUGAUUUAAGUGAGUCCAGAUGUAACUUUCAAGCAAUAACUUCAUAAGUGUUUUGGUAGUUUCUUUCCUCAAAUUAUUUUGUGUCACAUCCUGAAGUUCAUUAAUUUGUUUUCAUUUUUUAUCCCAUAGUGUAAAGAUAAGUUGACAGAGAGACAAAAGUUAGAAGCUAAGGAUGCUAAGGUGAGACAUCCAUACCAGUAAUUUCCAAGUUUGGGAAGUGCUUUUCCAAUCUAAUUUAUUCAACCCUUUAGUGUUAACUGCCUAGUGGGAGCACUGCCAUAAAAUCUUAAUUUUUCUCAUCUAAGGGGAAAAGGAAAUUGUGUGAAACUAUUUGGAGAUUUGAAACAUUUAUAGGAAGGGAAGUCUAUUUUGGUUUAAAUUACUUGGAGUUUUGGGAAAAGGAUUAAGAAGUCAGAUUAUUCUGUGUGCAAGCAAGAAGAGUGAGUGGAAGAUGAACUGCUCAUAUUAAAAGUGAGGUGGGCACUGUGCAGUCCAAAGCAAAGCAAAGGAGUAAAACUUGAAAGAGCAGAGAAGAAAUCCCGUCCAGUUGCAGCCUUGAAGCUUGCAAUCAUAGCCCUUUAGAAUUUGUGUUUGGGCAAUAAAUCUGCUGAAAAAAAAUUGAUCUGUAACUUACAGUACCGACCCCUAACUUGGUAUGUAAGAGAUAUGUUUCUGCUGUUGCAAUAUUAUAACUGAUGAGAGGGAUCUUUUUCUUCUUUGAAGGCCAACUAUCCACUGAUGAAGAAUUGCUUGAAGUACUAUACAGAAUUUAGGGAAAAAUAUGAAUGUGAAAGAGGAAGUACAAAACAUGGAGCCAUGGCAAACAUUCUGAUAUGUUUGGAGAAAGCUAUACAAAAUGGUAAUGAUUACCACAUAGAUUAUGUAAAUUAUUUAUUUCUUUAAAUGUUUAUGACUUUACAGGAAUAAAACUAAGCAGGUAAAAAAAUUUGGCAUUAUUAUGUGUUGAUAUUUUAUCAAAGUAUGACUUCCUUGUUGCCAAGGAGAUUGUUACUCCUGCUGUCAAUACAUUUCAGCCUAUCUAAAUAUUAUAUUUGCUGAAUAAUUUUACACUGGAAUUGCAGAUGAAAAAGUGGGUGGCAAAUGCCAGGCAGAAUUAUUUGAUCUGCGACAACAGUUGAUGACAGAUUACUCCCUCAAUCCUGAGAUUGUUGCUAAAUGUGACCUGGAAAUCAGAGACAGCUGUCAGAAAGAGGCAACAGUGAAGGAGGGAAAGACAAUUGACUGCUUAAUGGCCUUAGCAGAGGAACAUGAAGGGGAUGAUAGUAAGAUCAGACCACAAUGCUUCGCAGCAGUAAGUACCAAACUGUACAUGAAGUGGGGUGAAGAUUUUGUUAGUUGAAAAAGGGCCUUAACCCUAGUAACUCCUAUUUCAAAUUUGUCAUUCUCCUUACUCUCAACCAUAAAAUUCUAAUGAUGUUAGUUCAGAGAAUCUUGUAUUGGACCAACUUCUUAUCCCCAAAUUGAUAUUUUUCUUGAUUCUUAUCACUCAUUUGGUUGAUAUGGUAUUGAUAUUGUGAGGAGAAAUCCUCUCUUGGUCACUAAUAUGCUCCCAAAAAAGAAGGGAGAAAACUAAUGUAACAUUUAAGCCUGACAGUUUACUCACUUGGCUUUCAAAAGUGGCAGCUAAAUCACAUGGUAAAAGAAUGACUAGUCCUAUAUGAUGUUGUUGCAUGUGAACAAGACUCUAGGAUUUUCACAAAACUUUUUUUUUUUUUUCACAAUCUAAGCUAAAUUUUUAUUUCAUUUGGUACCCCUUCUGCUUUGGAGGCAUCAUACUCACUUAAUUAAAAAGCAUUUUAUUAAUAGUGCACUUGCACUGCAUGCAUUAUUUGUUGAUUAUUAAUUAAGAAAGGAUUAUCAAUCAGUUGUGUUGCAUGACAGGUUGAGGAACUUUUAGAGGAAACUGGUGCAGGAAGUGAUUACCGCAUUGAUCAUACCUUGUACCAAGCAUGUGAACCUGUUGUGCAGACUGUGUGUAAAGAUAAGGGCAAAAAGGAAGGAGAUGUUAUGUGAGUAUUGAUGCAAGUUUUAUAAGUGUAGAGCUCUCUUUAACAGAGAGUCAUAAAAACAAAAGCAUUGUUAUCACAUCAAGAACUCACAAUGUGCAGAAAUAACCUGUGUUGGGCUCAGGAGAACAUGAUUUAUCAGUGGAAGCCACCUUUGGUUUUUAAUGUUGAAUCAGAUUAAUGAUAUGGUUUGCAACUUUUCUUAAGACUUUCUUUAGCCAAUGUAAUGUUUUCAAUUUGAGCAAAAUUCAUUUGCUCUGACUGGCACUUAAACUUACUAAAUGAGCAGGAUAGUGAGCUUAGAAUACAUACAUGUAUUUUCUUUUCUCUUGCAUUUUUUUGGAAGCUGUUUAUUAUUCCAUGUGAGGCAGCAUCAACAAUCAAGUAGCAUUGUUUAAAAAAUUCUACUUUGCUAGUUGUUUCUCCAGAUGUUACUUUGUACUCUAUUGGUGUGUUUUUUGUACUCUACUUUGUGCAGUUGGGUAAUAAGAGGUCAGAUAGGCUGAGAAGAAGAGCAGUGUUAGGUUUUUUUAAGGUCAUCAAGCCUUCCCUGUUUUCAAGACUAUAUCCCACUCAUUAUUUUUCAUCAGUAAUUUGUGAGUUGUUUUCCCAUCUGUAGGGUUUUAUCUUGUCUGAUGGAAAAUCUUCACACAGACAACAUGAUACCAGAAUGUGAGGUACAGCUGCUUCAUCUGGAAUUUUUCAUUGCAAGAGACUUCAAGUAAGGGCAAACUUUAAUUCUGAGUAAUUUUUAACAUGACAUGUGCACUAUAAUGCUUACUCUUGGUUUAUUGUAUCAGACCCUGGGAUUCAGAUUUUUUAGACAUUCUUAAAGGCAAUUGAAAAUAAACGACUGCAUAGAGACCUUUUUUUUCUUGAAACAUGAAGCCAUUACAAGAGAUUCUCAAGGGUAACUUGGCCUAUCCAAAAUGAAAUAUGUUAACUUUGACGAUUAGUUCUAUUUGAUCUGUUGUUUACCAGAAUUUUGUCUGGUAUCCUUUGUGCAUUUUGUUUACAAGUUUUGGGUUGUGAUUGUUUCAGACUUGAUCCUGUGAUGCAGAAAGCAUGUCAGGGUGAUGUCCAGAAAGUCUGUGGUGCUGAUUCCCUUGAGGACCAAGACUCGCAUCCAGUCAGCCUGAUUUUGUCAUGUCUUUAUCGACAUAUUGUGCUGGAUACAGACGUAAAGGUACAACCUUGAUUUUAGAAACCUACACACCAAGAAUGGCAACACACAAUAUGGCAUGUGUAAUUGUUGUUAUCAUCACAUAGGUUCAAGGAAAGGGUACACUAUGAUUGGUUGAUACCUUUGAAGUGCAUGGUGAUACCAGAUUGUUUUGCACUUUUUGCAACAUUUUUUGUCUUAGUGUUGCCAGUUUUCACAACAUAAAUGUUUAUUCAAAUGCUGACAACAAAUACAUGGGUUGUUGGGCUAUAUAUUACUGCCAGAUGUUGCAUAGUUUCAAAUAUCUAGAAUAAUAUUUCUCCAUUAUUCAGGUCUCCCCCAAAUGUGCUGCACAUGUAGAACGAGCCAUGCACCAAAGGGCUGUGGAUGUACAUCUGAUGCCUGAAAUACAAAGAGCUUAUGUGGUGGAUCUUGGAAAACAGUGCAGUGAUCAAGUUGAAAAAGGAGAGGUAAAGGUUACUAAGUUACAUAUCCCUCCAAAUGAAAACUCUGUCAGUUAUUCUUUAUUCUUCUCCAUUUUCUUACUAACUGUAGCUAUUCCUCUUCCCAUGGGAGUGAGAAUCCUUCUGCCAGAGAUCCCUCCAGGCUCAGUUGACUACCUCCUUUUCUAGGUGUUCCCAUAUUCAGGCUCUGUCUCUCUUCCUCUUCACUGUCCUCAGCUAUUUUCUUUGUUGUGCAUCUCCUUCUGCACCCAUUGAAGGUCCAUGCAAGGGAAUAAGUAUUCUGUUUUAAACAGUUUACCAUUGUUCACAAUACUAUCUGGUGAAUUCUUCUAGUUUAUGUAAUACUGCUAACUUAUAGGGUCUGGUUUUAGCUGAUUGGAAUCCUUUUGGGUUCAACAAUUUGAUCUCAUGUACUCUUCCUUGUUCCCUAUUGCUCACUCAUUCUCCCAUAUAUAUUUUAUGCUUUAUCUUGUUUUAUAGGAGAUAGAGUGUUUGCAGGAGAAAUUUGACAACCUCACUGACACUUGCCAAAAAGCCAUUAGUGAUUUUACUGAGGAGGAGGGAGAGGUGUGUCUUGUUCUUUAAUCUUUAUCUCAAGCUACUGCAUUAGACUAUAAAUAAUAAUAUUAAUGAUAAUGAUAAUGAUAAUAAUAAGUUGUCUUGGUGAAGGGAUUUUGAAGUAAACAGAAAUGAGAUUCCAGUGUAGUCUUAAGCUUACUUUCUUCAGGGCAGUGCUUAGAAGAGUAAGAUGUCUCUGGACUCUAUUUAUAAGACUAGGCCUUUUUGAAGUGACUUUGAGAGCAGUGUAUUAGAGAUCCUUUGUUGAGGCAAAGAUUGUAAUGGUAAGCAGUCUGAAAUAAUGAUCCUUUGGCUGAUCAUGUGAAGAAUGCUUUUGUACUUGAUAACAGGACUACAAGCUGGACAGGGUUCUAGUGCGUGCUUGCUCUGGAAUGGUGACAAAGUUUUGUGAGGUGGGUGGUAGUAAGUUUUCCAGUACAGUUUUAUGUUUAGUUUUUAGUAAUAUUUUAAGAGGUAAUUCCUAUACAUGGUGUACCUACCAGCAUAAAGUUUUCUGGCUUAACCUAUUCCCCUAAAUUUAGAAAAACUUGUUUUAUUUAAUGACUGCUUCUUGAUUGUUGGUGUCAUAUUUCAUGGCUGUUACCCCUGAGUUAGAAUCAUAAACUGAGUCAAUAUCACUGUUGUGUCUUGUUCAAAUAGGAUAUUGUAACCCAGGGUAACACAGAAGGAGUCCUACCAUGUUUAGUUGAACACAAAAAUGAUCAAGGAAUGGAUGAGAAGUGUUAUACAGCCAUUAACCACUGGCAACUGGUGAGUAAAAAUGAGGUUUGUGGGGAAGAAAGCUUUAGGAGACUUCUGAUGCACUACCUGCUUCCCCUCCCAAGGGGAGAAUCUAACACUCUAACACUCCAUUAGAAGUUAGUAUAUUUAUUAUACCACACAAGUGAAUUGUGCUUUUCGCACUUGAUGGCUAGUUUGAAAGUAAAUAGCAAGUUCUAUUCACCUCUGGGCUGGCAAUGCUACUGAAUGGCACAUCACUAAUUAAAUUUCCAACCACAUUUCUGUAUAUCAGAAGAAACAACCAAAUUUUUUGGUAUCUGUGUUGUAUAUGUUAAAACAAUUAUUCACCCCAGUGUUGGCAAAAGUUUUGAAUAUUUACCUUGCAGCUUCACUGCACCUGAAAUAUCCACCACUAUUCACUUCCAUUUCAGUGAAUAAUUAUUAAUCAUUAAGAAUUUUUUUCCAGGUAGCCCUUCAAUUGCAAUCUGAAAAAGGUUCACAUGUAUGAAAUUAAAUACUCCAAAAUAUUCUUUUGAACCAAAUUGCAACAUGUGAAUGGUUAAAAACACACUUUUUUUGCACCAUAUUUGAUUGUGAGGUUUAUUAGACAUGCCAGAGAAGGGAACGUUGUCAAGAAAAUGAAUUACGAGAAAUCUUUCAAGGAUGUUUGUUAUUUGAUAAUUGUCUUUUUAUUCCAGCUGAAGGAAGUUGAUAUGCUAUUGUUAUAUUUAUUUUCAUUUGUUCAUUAUUUUUUAGGUUGAAAUGAAAGACUUUCAUUUUUCCCAUGAAUUCAAAAGAGCUUGCAAAGAUGAUGCAAGGAAACACUGUAAGGAGGCAAAGAGCAAGUAAGCACUGAUUUAAAAGAGGAAAGGGGAAACUGAAGUUGAACAAACAGCUGUAUUGUGUAUUCAUUGAACAGGUGGCCUCGUGUGAAAUUCGAUAUCGCUACAUUUAUUCAUUUCAUUUCUGGGGGUGUUGUUCUUUUUUUAUGAGAGAUGCAAUGCCUCACUGGCUUUGUACAUGUAAUGAAUUUAUUCCGUUUUCCGACUUACAACAAGUGGCUAAAGUGAAUCCGACCAAGUUUAAACUAGAAUUUCAGAGUUUGAUCCAUGAACGCAACGAGAACAUACACACCAAAUAACUCCGAACAAGUACAACCACAUCAAGUGGUCACGUGAUUAACAAGCAACACGUCAAUGUCAACGUAGGGGGGUCCCCUGAAUUCAGCACAGUGCAUUGGCUAACCCUUUACAUCCUAAUAUUGGUAUUCAUAUUCUCCACUUCUCUCUCUUAACAUUUCCUAUAAUGGUACAUUUUGUACUGUCAAGGAGAAUCUGUGUAACAAUCAGGAGCGUCUCAAAUUAGUGAUAAUUUCCUUUUUUUCUCAUGACCUUUACAUUUGAUUCAAGUGUGAUAACGAUUUUUCUUUCCAGACAUGACCUUGUUGUCUGUUUGAGUAAAAAGAUCCGAGAUGCUGUUAUUGGCGAAGAAGAACAUGUCAUCUCUGAUACUUGUCGCAAACACUUGAAGAUAGAGAAGGAGGUUGAGGUAAGUUCAUAGGAUCAACAUCAGUAUCUGGGCAGCUACCUACCUACCCCUCCUUAGCUCUCCUCCAACCUUUUCCCUCUCGUUAACCCUUUAAACCCCAAUAUCAGUUUCAAUAUUCUCCAUACUCAUCUCUACAUUUCUUUUGUUACUGACGAUGAGAAUUCGAUUAACAAUCAAAGCUUCUAGGGUUGGUGAUCAUUUCCUCAAUUCUCAUGAUCCUAAUUAAUGAUUUAGCAGUGUUGCGAUAAGGAGAAAUUAGAUGCUGGUCAGUCCCAGGCUUAAAAGGGUAAGCAAGUUAUUUUUUUUAAGUCGAGCGAUAUUUUUCCUUUUCAGUCGGAAAAUGUCGAAUUUGAUCCUGUGAUGAUGGUGAAGUGCAUGGCAGAUAUUGCAAAAUUGUGUCACCAAGUUACAUUUGGUCAAGCAAAGGUAAGCCUUAAAAUAUAGUGGUAAUCUGUUUUGCUGAAACUCCUCUGUCUUAAGCACAAAAUUGUCACGUAACUCACCCUAUGCAUCGAGAGAGUGAGGGAGCAUGUUGAGUCAUAAUCUCAAAUGGUGGCUGCAAAGGAGGAUGAACCUUCCUCCCCCUGUCGGGACCAGUAGGGAGGUAUUGGAAAUCUUUUAUGAAAUCAUUAUCUACGUCAUCAUAUGCAAACAAAACCAAAAACGAAAUCCAUAAAGAUAAGUGUUGUUGGUAAAUUAUUGAUACUUGAGAGGGUUAACCUUCACAUGAAUCUACCCCUGGUUAGAUACCAGCCUGUAAAGAGGCUCUUAGCUUGGUGUUCUCUUAGUUAAAGUUGAUGUUGAUGCGAUGUUGAACAACCAGGAGACUUGAGUUACUUGGAGGAAACGAAAGGGAUAUGAUGAGACUAGUCUUUGUGGAAAAGCUUUCAUUCAGCUUUACAAGAUGUUCAGUAUAUCCCUGGUUGGAGAAACAGCCUUGCAGUUGAGAGGAAAUGCAAAGGAUUGAACGAAAUUGCUUUUUAUCGCGCUCUAUUCUGCACAGUGAUUUAAGAUUUUAUCUUCGUGCAUUAUGCUGAGCUUGAUUUUGUGAACACUUUGUUGUCCACUCUGCAUGAAAAGUGAAUUGCUGAUUUAUGUGUAUGUGGAUGAGUAAAGGGCAAAAUUAUCACUCUUUAGUUCUAUUUCUUAGUUGAUAGACUAGUGCAAAGAAAAAAGGGGUAUAACAGAGUCAUUAAUUGAUCAACGUUCUUCUUACAGAUGUUGGAGUGCCUCAAAGACAACCGCGAACAGUUAUCUGACCAAUGUAGAGAGACAGUGUUCAAGCGCGAGGCAAGUAGUUGUUAAUCUUAACGUUGAAAAAUGAAACUUUUCUUUCGAUCAGCCGUUUGGUUGGUUAAGCUAAUUUUGAUUGUGCCUUUAUUAUCCUUCUACUGCUAUCAUUGCUAUCUCAUUUGCUCGCAUUUUCAAGAAUUUUUCAACCAACAAAUUGCAAAACUGAAAGCAAUAACGACUUAGUCACUCCCGCCUUCUUGCUUCUCUGGCGGUGGUUUGCUUGUUUUUCUUUGAGUAUCCAUGUACUCCGAUUCUAUUUUGCUUCUAAUUGACCAUUGUGAUUUUUACAAAGUUCGAUUGAUGAGCGCUCUGGGACUUUUUGAAACCUUUAAUAAAUUUCUUUUUUUUUUAAUUUCUAUUCAGGAGGAAGAGUUUGAAGACCCCGAGUUGGACUACAAACUGAGAAAAACGUGUCGGAAGAUGAUCAAAGUACGCGCGUCGUUGUAAUGUGUGUGUAAUCGAAGUUAGAAACUAAACGAGACAUGUCAGUCACUUGGAAAUUCUCAAUCCUGUGUAUUCACUGCUAAGGGAAUUCUCGGCUGUUAAAUUCGACCUUUGGGAUAAACAUUGUAAAAGAUGAGGAACGAUCACAAGCUUUACUUCACAUAUAUACUUUUUUUUUUCAGAAAAUUUCCAUGCCUUAUUUUCACAACGCUAUUCGUUCAAUGUUUUUCUUUUAUCUAAAAAAAACCUAGUUCUCUCUUGGAAGGUUUAUCACAGCAACAAUCAAGCCCCUUUAAAACAUCCCUGAUUGUAGCUUUAUGGUCAGGUACCUAAACAAUGAGUGCACUGAGCCCUGUUGUUUUAUUCGAAUUUCAACUAUUAGAUCAUGUUAGUUCAAGAAAUCUGCACUGUGGAUUUACAGCCUCCUUAAUGUUUGCGGUGAUUUAUUUCAGCUGUUUUGCGAUGACGUCCAACCGUCCGAGUUAUUUUCUUGCCUCAAAAAGGACAAGAAUGAACCGGAAAUGGAGCGCAGGUACUUUAAACGCCUUGCUGUUCACUUGUUUGGUAGCUGACCCCUACAGUCACCUCUUGUGUGCUCAUAAAUACAUCACAAUGUGAACUUUAUAGAAAAAUUAAAUACAGAUUUGCGUUGGUGAUUUGCGAUUUUGGGUACAGUUUUGAAUAAUAAGCACAAGUUCUAGUUAUGCCAAAGUGCAAUGGAAAUCCUUUAAUUACAUGUAGAUAGUUUACAGUCACUUUUUACUGCUUGUACAACUGUUACGGGACGAUACGUAAUAUCAGCUAGAAAGUUAAACAGUUUAGCGUGAGUCUCACCCAAAAUGGAAAACUUUGCUGCCACUGUUUUAGUGUUGCCAGGAUUUUCUAACGUGAGCCCGCAAAGUUCGUGACAACGCACAACUCUCGUUUUUUAUCUCUUUCUUAUAAAUGUCAGUGAGGUUUCUUACACCUAUAAACUAACGAAUACUUAUCUUACUUAAAUGCAAGUGUAUUUAUUUACUAAGCGUAACUUUUUCCAUUUGGUUUUAGCUGCCAGGAUGUGAUCACCAAAAGACAGAUAAGGCAAACGAAAGGUGAAUUAUUUUUAGUGCAACAUGUGUUCUUGAUGCACAUGGUUGGAAGGUUAUAGCGAUUGUGGUCAUGCGAGCUUGUCGGAGGGGAAAUUUGAAAGGAGAGUCCGAGUGCUACGGCAACUGGAUAGAAUUUUGUUUUUUGUUUUUACUGUUUAAUUGUCCCUUUUCGUUGUAGAUCCUGGCACAUUGCACGUAACUUUAAUUGUACGCGAGCACGUAAAGAACAUGCUACAGUACAAUUACGUCCAUGAUCAAACUAAGUUGUCCACAAGCGUUUUUUAAAGCGCUUUUCAAACCAAAGAAAUUACUACUGCAAUAGAAGGAAGAUAUCACGAGCAGUCAAUGGGAAGUCAAAGGAAAAACUCGCAAACAACUUUACACUUUAACUCCAUGAGUGAUCAAGACAGAAUUUCUCCUCAAAAUGUCCAUGCAAUCUCAAGCAGAUCAGUGAUGAUAAUAAAGUAAAUUAUGAAUUAGGGAAUUAUUAGUUGAUCUAAUACCAAAUUUUCCAAACUGGCAUCAUGAGAAUUUUAUGGCAGACAGUAAGGAGAAUUCUUAUCAGAUCUUAGGAGUUGAAGGGUUAUAGCGCGGGAGAACGCGGGCGAGCAAGACACGAUUGGUUUUAAUUUGAAAUCUGAUUGGUUGCAUUAGUGGGGCGAGUUUCUUGAACCAAUCACACAACAAAGUGAGUCAAGACUUUCGACAGUCAAAACAAAAUUGCUCGUCAAGCGAGGAAGCACGAAGCGAACGCGCGUUCGCACUCGUGAAACUCCGCGCGGCUCCUUGAUUUCGCUUGCGCUUUGGAUGGACACUCAAAGCCACAUUUCAGUAAUUGUUGUGCAUCAGCACGUCUAAUGAAACUAAAAGAAAACAAGAAAACAUACAGAAAACAAGAAAAAAAGGUUGAGGAAAAGUGGGAAAAGAAGUAACAAAAACUUUGUAACCUUGAUGCACCGCGGCGAAGUAACGUGAGCUCUGUCUCUUCUUUCUUUCAGAUGUGAGACUCGAUCCACAGCUUGGCAAAUUUUGCAAGUUAGACAUCGGAAAAUUUUGCAAGGAAAUUCCUCGUGGUGAAGGGAAGAUUGUGGAAUGCCUGAAGAAAAGAUACGAGGUUAGUGGCGAUUUUUAUGGGACAGUUUUGUUUGGUUUUUUGGUGUUUGUUCAUUGUCAACCUGGUGUUAGGGAUGGCCUCGUGGUUAGGUGUUUUAAACAUAGUGUUAGGUUCAAUAUUCGGAAAGGAAAACAAACCCAAACUUUGGAAUUGAAAUCAUUUAGAUGAAUUUCACGCUGGUAAACGUGAGUUGUUUUAUUGGGAAAGAUUGGGUUUCGAUACGUUGAUGACAAGUAUUGUGUGCUGUUAAGAACAUUUAACAAACGAAAGCGAGAGAAAUGUGAUUUGUGUGAAAAGAAAUAUUGAAGGUACGCAGAUCAGCUGUUGGGCUUCAAGCAACAGUUAAUCACCAUGACCAAUUAUACGAACAUUUUUUUCGCGUCCAUUUGAGGCGAGUGUUUUCACUGUUCCUCAAACUCUAUUGCAUUAGACGCAGGCUGUCUAGUUUUCUCUUGAACGGAUCUAUCAGCAAGUAGGUUUUUUUCCUUACGCAUGAUUACCAGCCACUGUUGGACAAAUUAGUUUUUUCCUCCCUUUGUAACUGAACCUAAAAGGUCUCCAUUUUAAUCAAAUUUAGUAGAAUUGUUUUUAUACUGAGUGGACGUAGGUGAUGAAAAUUGAUCAUCACACGGAUGUUCCUUGGGGCUUUUUUUGCCCCUUCCCCGUGUCAGUCUGCUCUCAAGUUCAUAAAUUCUUAUUAAUAUUGACAUCCUAGUCGUUGUCUGACGAGUGCAUGGACUAUAUGACCAGGCUGAUGCGUGAGGCAGCCCGUGACUACAGAUUGUAUCCAAAGCUCUCAAAAGAGUGUACUGCUGAUGUGAGUAGCUGUAUGUCUAUGUCCAGGCGGGCUGGAGUAACGAACAGGGAGGGAGGGGAGGGUGAGAUAGUUGGGUGAGGACCUCUUUGGGCUGGUACACUCGGGGAGGAAGAGGCUGGAAGUGGAUAAUGGGGAAGGGGGUAGAGUCAGGUAUAAAACCAAAGGAGAUGAAUGGAUAGAAAUCGAAGGGAAGGGAGGUUUUGUAUGUGACAAUCGAGGACUUCAAAUGGAGAAUAUAAAGGAAAAACCUCAGGGGUCGGUUAUUUGCUCGUGGUCUAACAUUAAAGCAUGGUGUUCCACAGUCAGUGGACAUUAGGUUUUCCCUGUAAGUGGAUCGAUUUAAUGAAAUUAAUGUUCACUCCACUGUCAGUUUUCUGCCCUCUUGACACUGUUUACAAAAAUAUAUGUUCAGAUAAAAGAUUCUGCUAAAUUGGUGAUGGUUAGAACGCAGUUUUGUUGAACAACGGCUAAAGUUUGUUAAAAUAAUCACAUUAGAAUCUGUCUUGAAUCUAGGAUUUUGAAGUUCAACUUAUGUCUAAUGUUGAGUCGGUUGGCUUAGCUAACCCUUAUCCAAUAGUGCCAGGAAGUUAAAUGGAGAACUGCUCGGAGAAGUGUCACAGUUUGUUCGUUAAAAUCUAAGAGUGGUCUUCGAACUGGUUAAACUUGUCAAGACUACUACCUAUUAAGAAUAGUCGUCGUUCUCAUAGAUAGUCUUCGGGAGUCUGUGGUUAAUCAAUUAUGGUUGAAGUUCAUUUUGCUCUUCAUCGCAGAAGAGCAUUUAGAUCUAUGAUUAUAGUGUUCUGUGUUGAAAAAUAGCCGGGAAAAUGUAUUUUAUUUGUCUCCUAUUAGAUUAAGAAGUUUUGUAGUGGUGUUCCGCCGUCUAACGUGGAAAACUGCCUCAAAGAACAUUUAGGAUCAGUUGUAAAAAAGGAAUGUCGAGUGGUAUGUAGUGGUUAAAGAUUACUGAGACUAUAUACGGCUUUUUGCCACAGCUGGAGAUUCGAUUGUUUUCGUAUUUUAUUUCCUGUUUUGUUUUUGGCCGUCUUUGCAUUAGACUACGUUUAGUAUGUUUGUUUUCUUCCUCGAGGGGCCCUUCGCACAAACGCGUAACUGAGUUUCUCGUUGCUCUGUCUUUUUGUCCUCUUAUCUUCUCUUCCCUGGAAGAUGGAUGCGCUGAAGCCAUGUAUUUUUUUCUUCAUUUCCGCCAUUAAAAAGUAUACACGUUUAUAAAUUUCAGCAACUUUUCUGUGUAAGUAGCUGUAUGUCUGUCAAGGUAGAAUGGAGUGGUGAAUAGGGAGGGAGGGCAGGGUGAGUCAUUUGGGUAAGAAAAUUCUUGCGCUGAAUUUGCUCGAGGACAGUUAUGGAUAUGUGAGCAAACAACUCAGUUACCUAGCCGCACACGCAAUUCGAUACCACAAAGCUAUUUUCAAAAACAAUUGUUUCAUUUGUUAUCGCUAAAAUUAAUGAAUUAAGAAUGCAUUUUUGUCGUGCACCUUAUUGUGUAAACUGAUCGCCAAGAGAUUCGUACAAAGAAAAUUCGGACUCACCUCACAGGUGAACGGCCAGGUUGCUAAGCAAUAUUCAAAAUGGUUGCAUCCUUGGUCGAAUUUCCAACGCAUAUGAAUUGUUAUACUUCACUACUGGUUAGGUUACACUCUAGAAUCCACAAUGUGGCCACUAUGAAAUAUUCAUGUUUACUUUUUUAAUGGCGGAGUUGAAAAGUUAGGUGGUUUACUUCUCAUCUAAAGCUUUCGUUCCUUUUCGAGUUAACUACAGUCAGCAGUCUCACUCGAGAUGCUUUGUUAAAUCAAAGUAAGUCUCUGAUGACUACCUUUUCACAUGUUGCUUUUUUUUUGCAGGAAAUAGCUCGGAAGAUGAGAGAAGGCCGCACAGAUAUACAAUCUGACCCUGUGCUAUUCAAGGCAUGUGCAAUGGAUGUCAAACGUCACUGUUCAGAUUUACCAUUUGGACGAGGAAUAGGUACCAGUAUAAUAAUGUGUAAUAAACUUUGUUGUUCAAUUUAAAAGUUGACGGCUGUUUCUAUCGGUUAACCGGAGUGACGUUUCACGCGAGUCGUAAGAGAUGUCGACAAACAACUUCUCAAGUGAAUCAAUACCCUGCCAGAGCGGUAGGGAACGUGGAUUACUUUUACUGGAAAGUAGCGAUGGGUUUACUGGUAUAAGAAAAUAUUUAUAUUAUUUUGAUCAGUUAGAGCGCGUUCAAUAUACGAGUGAUUUGAUAAAAAUUUUCUAAAUUUAUUAUCUUAUAACUUUACUACUUUGUUGUACAAUAUAGAGCUCUUUCAUAUUACAUUACAGUUCUUAUGUUGAUGUGCUGAGCCGACCCGCUGGGAUAUGAACUCUUUUUGCCUUGUCUUUUUUCCCUCGUUUUCUUUUGCUCAGACGCAUUAACAUGACAGCUACUAACCAUGUGAAAAGGCCCUCUUUUAAACUGAUUUUUUUUCUCGUCUUUUAUACAGUAAUGAAGUGUCUCUUGGAGGCUCACGGCUCAAACCGGGCACGCUUUGACAAGGAAUGCGUGGCACAUUUGACGAACAGAAUGAAGAUGUGGGAAGAAGCUGCUAGGGUACGAACUGAUGAAACUUCCGCUGAAUAUGCACUCACCAAACUAUGAGGAUAGUCCUGCUUGGCUGAUCUUACACUGCAUGUAAUUCUUUUGCUUUACAUGCAAUUCAUUUUAUAAUCCCAAUUUGUUCGAUGUUUAGCUAAAACAUGUCCAUUUUUUAUCCCUCUCUCUUUUGAUUCAUUUUUGAAAGGACCAAUAUACUGGAAAGAGAUUUGUAAGGUGUCCUUUUUAAAAAAAUGCUUAAGAAUUCCUGGAUCAAUAUCAGUAUCUGGGCAACUGCCCACCUACCUCUCCCCUAACCGAACAUUAACCCUAACUUGUUAUCAAUUGACUGUUGUUGAGUUAGGGGAGGGGUAGGUGGGCAGUUGCUUAGAGAACUUCCUUGUGUUUACAGUCAUCCUGUUUCAGAGGUUUCAUUUGUGAAUCGCUCCUCUGAUUACUCGUUGUUAUUACCAGUAUUAAUUUGGACAAAUUUGUUCCGCUUCCCCUUCCAAGAACUACUUCUUCGUCAUUUUUGCAACUUGCUUAGCUCUUAUUUUUGUUGGCGGACUUGUGUUCGGUCGACUUUCCAAGAGAAUCAAAAGAGAGGUCAAGGAUCG